GACGUCUAUUGGCUAAUCCAGAAGACUCUCCUCAGAACUAUGUUUUCAUUGGGUGUUCAAAAGGCGUGUUCGUCAUGCUGAGCAAGAAACACGUUUCUAAUUGGUCAAACAAACUGUCGGUCGUUUCCACUUCAUGUCAACGGUCGGAGGAAAUAUGGCUGCCCCCAUAACCUCUGAAGCAGAUGGAAAUAUCAAAGAAAACAGCAUGUUUUUAAAGAAAACUUUAUCCGCCGUUCCGCCUCUUACUCUGAGGAUUGUUGCAGAAUGUCCUGUGACGAAAGCAAGAGCUUGUGAUCUGACUCUGCCUCACUCCAGUGUCAGCACGCCGGUUUUUAUGCCUGUUGGGACACAGGGAACCCUGAAGGGGAUCACCGCGGAUCAGCUGGAGGGUCUCGGUUGUCAGAUUUGCCUGGGAAACACGUACCACCUGGGCAUGAGGCCGGGACCUGAGUUGAUAGAGAAAGCCAACGGUUUACAUGGAUUCAUGAACUGGAGGAGAAAUCUUCUAACUGACAGUGGAGGAUUUCAGAUGGUGUCUCUUGUUGAACUCUCAGAGGUCACAGAGGAAGGGGUCAAAUUCAAGUCCCCAUAUGAUGGCAAAGAGAUCUUGUUGAGCCCCGAGAAGUCCAUUAGCAUACAGAACAGUCUAGGGUCAGACAUAAUGAUGCAGCUGGAUGAUGUGGUCAGCAGCACUGUGAAGGGACCGCGGGUGGAGGAAGCCAUGCAUAGAUCCAUUCGUUGGCUGGAUCGCUGCAUAGCAGCUAAUAAGCAUCCAGAUAAACAGAACCUUUUUGCCAUCAUCCAGGGAGGACUAGAUGCAGAGCUGCGCAAGGCCUGCCUGGAUGAAAUGACUAAACGUGAUGUUCCUGGUUUUGCCAUUGGCGGCCUGAGUGGAGGAGAGGAGAAGGACGAUUUCUGGCGGAUGGUCACACUGAGCACUGACCAUCUGCCACGAGAAAAGCCUCGCUACCUGAUGGGUGUUGGGUAUGCUCUGGACUUGGUGGUGUGCGUCGCUCUGGGAUGCGAUAUGUUUGACUGCGUCUUCCCAACCCGUACUGCAAGGUUUGGUUCUGCCUUGGUACCGUGGGGGUCUCUUCAGGUGAAGCAGAAGCAGUACGCCAAAGACUUUCAGCCUAUAGACCCCGACUGCCAGUGUCCCACCUGCAAAAGACAUAGUCGGGCCUACCUGCAUGCUUUGUUUAAGAGUGACACUGCCGCCAUGCAUCACAUCACCAUUCACAACAUUGCCUACCAGCUCACCCUGAUGCGUUCUGUGAGGCAGAGCAUCGUGGAAGGCCGCUUCCCUGAGUUCAUACUGACAUUCAUGAAGCGAAUGUUUCCGUCGCCGGAUCAGUACCCCGGCUGGGCGGUGGAGGCUUUGGCUUCUGUCAAUGUGACUUUGGAGUAGAAUUUUGAAGCUGGACUCUGAAUGGAGGAAACCAUGAAACAGACUGAUUUCUUUUUUUUUUUUU